AUGGGCAGGAUAGCCGUGGUCAUUGACAAUGGCAGUGGCUUCACCAAGGUAGGUUUUGCUGGGGAGAAAAAGACCCGAUUUAUCCUGAAGACUGCCAGCUGUUUGCCCAACUGUGCCACUGCCAUGCGGGGCAUGCCUUGUAGCCUGGAUGCCUGGGGCACAGCGCCAGGCCGAAGUCGCCCCUUGAAACAUGGGGUCAUAGUGGACUGGGAAUCCAUGGAGAGCUUGUGGCACCACCUCUUUGCUUGUGGCCUAAAGACCAGCCCUAAAAACUGGCCCAUCCUCAUGAGCGACUCACCCACCAGCCCACCCAAGAAUCGAGAGAAGGUGACUGAGCUGAUGUUUGAGACUUUCUCAGUGCCAGCUUUUCACAUGGCCAGCACAGGUCUACUGGCUCUGUGCUCUGGGGGGAGCCUCAGCGGGUUGGCAGUAGAAGCUGGGGCAGAGGUGUGCCAUGCCACGCCCAUCUAUGCUGGCCACACGUGGCACAAGGCCACGUUCCGACUUGAUCUGGCCGGGGCGGCCCUCUCUAAAUAUUUUCAUAGACUGCUCCUGAAGGCCUGUCCUGACCCGAGGCUGCAAGCCCUUCCCCGGCGAACCGUCACCAUGCUGAAGAAGCAAUGCUGCUACGUCUCCCUAGAUUAUGAGGCAGCCCUGCGUACCCCUACACCCCAACUUCCCUCGGCAUGCUUCUGCAAGGCUGAUGGCUGCCCAGUGACCCUGACUGAUAAGUGCUUCCACUGCCCCGAACCCUUGUUCCAGACAAGUCUGCUAGGCCACAACUCUCCAGGCCUGUCCAGCCUGGCUUUCCAGGCCCUGCAGGCAGUGCCAGAAACCAUCCGGCCCAAGUUGGCAGCCAAUGUGUUAGUGGCAGGGGGCUCCACGCUCUUUCCUGGCUUUCCUCAGAGGCUGAGCCUGGAGCUGAAGGCCCUGUGCCAGAAGCAGCAACAGUGGCCAGCAGUGAGCUCAGGGACAGUGUUGAAUCCACAGCUGGUGGCCAAACCCGAGCGGGGCCUGGCCACCUGGGUAGGAGGCUCUCUGGCAGGUUCACUCCACUCCUUCCAUCGACUAUGGGUAACACGUGCCAUGUAUGAAGAGCAAGGGGCAGGCUGCGUGCACGCGGUAUUUGAUUAA